UCUAUACUUCAGUGUAUUUUAUUGUUUUGUAUUUGUGUUUGUGUAAAUCGGAGUGACCAAAUCAAUAAAUUUAAUUAAAUUUAUAAAACCGAAUCAAAUUAUCGAAUUAUCAAAGCGCAAAAAAAAAUCACACGAAUGGUGAAAUCAGAAUAAUGUUACCACCAUUAACAUUAUCACAAAAAUGGUCAUUAAUAUUGACGAAAAUUUUUUCAUUACAUAAACUUGAAAUAAUCAUUUCAUUGAUAGCAGUAUUGAUAUUUUCAAUUUUAUAUGAAAUUGCUGUUUAUCAUGUUGGUUUAAUUAGUAGUGAUUAUUAUGAAAUUUUAGGUAAAAAAGAUAAAAAUGGUUUCAUCAGACAAACAUUACAAGCAACCGGAAUGAUUGUCGCAAUAUCAUUAUUAAUAACAUUAAAACGUUAUUCAUCAUCAUAUCUUUAUAUUGGUUGGCGUAAACAUUGUACAAUACAAAUACAUCAACAAUAUUUUCAAAAUAUAUCAUAUUUUAAAUUAAAUAUUUUAAAUUAUCCAUAUAAUAAUUUUAAUAAUGGUAAACAUUAUCAAUUAGAUAAUAUUGAUCAACGUAUUACACAAGAUGUUGAUCGUAUGUUUCAAAUGUUAUCGAAUAUUAUUAGUGAAUUAUUAGUUUGGCCAUUUAUAUUAGGAUUUUAUUGGUAUAAAUCACAAAUAAAAACUGGUUGGCUUGGACCAAUUAGUUGUUUAAUAUUAUUUAUAAUUGGUUCGAUUAUAAAUUCAUUUUUAAUAAAUAUUAUUAGUCCUUAUGUUUAUCAACAAGAACGUCGUGAAGGUGAUUUUCGUUUUCAACAUGUUCGCAUCAGGAAUAAUGCCGAAGCAAUUGCAUUUAUUAGUGGUGAAUCGGCUGAACAUUAUAAAUGUCAUACAUUACUUAAAUCAUUAAUCAAUGUACAAUAUCGUUUAAUAUUUCGUCAAUUUUUUCUAAUAUUUACAACAAAUCUAUCGGAUUAUUUUGGUUCAAUAAUAUCAUUUAUUGCUAUAGCUGUACCAUUAUUUGCUGGUCAUUAUGAUAAUUAUACACCACAAGAAUUAAGCAAAUUAAUUAGUGCAAAUGCAUUCGUUACAAUUUAUCUGAUUAAUUGUUUUACACGUUUAAUUGAUUUAUCACAAAAUAUAUCAAUAUUUUUGGGUAAUUAUAAUCGUAUUAUUGAAUUGAAUAAAUGGUUUCUACAACAAUCACCAUCAUCAUUAAAUAAUGAUGGUUCAUCAACAACUGAUAUUGAUACCAUUUAUAUGAAUCAAUCAUUAAAUUUUAAUAAUAAUAAUAAUGGUGAUUAUCAUGAAUUAAAUAAUUCAGAUAAAAAUUUUUAUGAAAUGAAAAAUGUUACAAUACAAACACCAUUACAACGUACGGUAUUGCAAAAUUUAAAUUUAAUUAUUAAACCACGUAUUAAUUUAUUUAUAACUGGUUCAAAUGGUAUUGGUAAAACAUCAAUAUUACGUUCAUUAAAAGGAAUAUGGCCAAUAAGUUCCGGUUCAAUUGAACGUAAUCAACAAUUAUUGCUUGAUACAACAAUGGCAAUGUUUUUUACACAUAAACCAUUACUGACUAAUGGAUCAGUAGCUGAACAAAUUUUAUAUCCAAAAAUCUAUAAACGAGAACAAUGGUUUCAAGAUAUUGGUUUUUGUGAACGUGUUAUUGAUAUAUUAAAAUUUUUAGAUCUAGAAGAAUGUGUACUGAAACGUGUUGAUAAUGAUAUAUUUUUGGAUUUCAAUGAAAAUUGGAUUGAUCAUCUGUCGGCCGGUGAAGCACAACGUUUUCAAAUGGCCCGGAUAUUUUUCCAUCGACCACAUAUUGUAUUUUUUGAUGAAUCAACAAUAUCAUUACCAAAAGAUGUUGAAAAGAAAAUUAUCAAUGAACUUAUUUAUCGUUAUUCAAUAACAAUUGUUAGUUGUGGUCAUCGAAUUAGCGUUAAAAAUCAUCAUCAAAUGGAAUUACGUAUACAUGGUCCAAAUUUAUUUGAAAUUAAAGAUUUAUCACAAUCAUCAAAUUCUUCGAUGAAAAAUUAGUUGAAAAUAUUUUAUUUGGAAUUGU